CGUGGAAGAAGGCAACCAGCCCGCACCGACGCUGCCCCAGUUUUCUCGGAAAAAAACAGGAGGUAGAGAUAGGCAGCAAUGAAUGUGGAUCAUGAAGUUAAACUCUUAGUGGAGGAAAUUCAUCGUCUUGGUUCAAAAAAUGCUGAUGGAAAAUUAAGUGUGAAAUUUGGGGUUCUCUUCCAAGAUGACAAGUGUGCCAACCUCUUUGAAGCACUGGUAGGGACUCUCAAAGCGGCAAAGCGAAGGAAGAUUAUUACAUACUCAGGAGAGCUACUUUUGCAAGGUGUUCAUGAUGAUGUUGACAUUAUAUUGCUUCAAGAUUAAUGUGGUUUGCAUGGCUCUGUUUAUUGUAUUUUGUUUGUUUCUGGUAAACUGGAAUAUUAAGUCAAAGGACAAACAUAGGAACCUACUUAAUGUAUUUUUAUAGAACUUUAUAAACAAAAGGAGACUCAUUUUAGAAGUCUGUCCUUUUUUUUAUCUUGAAAACAAAUUUGUGUAUUACACUGUAAAAUGAACAAAACAUAUUAUUUUU